AUGGAGAAUUCGUGGGACGAGGAAGGGCGGCGGCUGGCGGCGGCGCGGGUGGUGCACAGCCAGGUGAGGAAGAUCAAAGAGGAGGAGGGCGACAAGGUGAAGGUGGACGACACGUACCAGCAGCAGCAGCAGCUGGCCGAGAUGCGCCUCGUCCUCCGGGACCUCGGCCGGCACCGCUCGCGCUCGCCGCUCGGCCGGGUCGGCCGCCCCGCCAUCUCCAUCGGCGGCGACUCCUAG